AUGGCGGGAGAUCAGCGGCGGUGGGAGGGAGUGACCGGCGGCGGGGGGCUAGGGACAAUCCCUUUUGCUUGGAACCUGGUUACCGCUGGUUAUAUUGAGCAAACAAUUCCAGGGGUGAUAGUGAGCAUAGUUGGUCUUCUUCUAUUUGGGAAGGUGUUGGAGCCUUUAUGGGGAGCUAAGGAGUUGCUCAAGUUUAUUUUUAUUGUUAAUCUCUCAACUUCAGCUUGUGUCUUCGUAACUACUAUUGUGCUGUACUACAUAACACAGGAGGAGAGCUACCUUUACACACCUGUUUCUGGGUUUUAUGGAGUUCUUUCAGGACUACUGGUGGGCAUCAAGCAAAUUUUACCCGAUCAGGAGCUUAACCUUCUUGUGCUUAAGAUUAGUGCAAAGUGGAUUCCAUCUGUUGUCGCAUUUAUCUCAGUUGCUGUAAGCUUCUUCAUAAAGGAAUCCAUGUCAUACCUUCCCAUCAUAUUGUUUGGUAUCUACAUGAGCUGGAUUUACCUGCGUUACUUCCAAAGGAGAUUAGAAGUAGGCCUUAAAGGGGACCCAAGUGAUGAAUUAUCAUUUUCAAGCUUCUUCCCUGGAUUUUUAAGGCCAAUUUUGGACCCUAUUGCUUCUAUAUUCCACAAACUUUUCUGUGGACGAUCUGCAAGACCUGAAGGCACAGGCCAGCAGACAUUGGAUGGGUCACGGUUCCCUGGUUCAGGCUCCAUUGAGGCAAACAGGAGGAGAGAAAGGGGUCAGAGGGCACUGGAGCAGAGACUGGCAGAGAAGUUGGCCGCGGUCAGGAACGCGGAGGGCACGCCUCCGCCGAAGCAGCAGCAGCAGCGUGAGGACGCGGAGGAUGAUGCUUCUGAUAAAGUCUGA